CCUUCCCGGCCCGCUUCUCGCGUCUCCCCCCCAGAGAUGAUGCAGCAGGACGAGUCGAACUCGCCAGUCUCCCCCGCCGACGACAGCUUGAGCAACAGCGAAGAGGAGCCGGACCGGCAGCAGCUGCCCAACGCCAAGAGAGGGGGGCGCAAGCGGCGCUCCAGCCGCCGCAGCGCCGUCGGGGCCGCGGACGAGCCGUGCAGCCCGGCGCAAGGCAAGCGGGGCAAGAAGUGCGGGGCGGCCGGGGGCGGCGGGGGCGGCGGCGGCAGCAGCAGCGGCGGCGGCAGCCCCCAGUCGUACGAGGAGCUGCAGACCCAGCGGGUCAUGGCCAACGUGCGGGAGCGGCAGCGCACGCAGUCGCUGAACGAGGCGUUCGCCGCCCUGCGGAAGAUCAUCCCCACGCUGCCCUCGGACAAGCUGAGCAAGAUCCAGACCCUCAAGCUGGCGGCCAGGUACAUCGACUUCCUCUACCAGGUCCUACAGAGCGACGAGCUGGACUCCAAGAUGGCAAGCUGCAGCUAUGUGGCCCACGAGCGGCUCAGCUACGCCUUCUCGGUGUGGAGGAUGGAGGGCGCCUGGUCCAUGUCCGCAUCCCACUAGCAGGCGGCGUCCCCCACCCGCAUCCCCCCAGCAGGAGCCCUAGAUGACAUUGUUCCCACAGAAGGAGAAAAUGGACAAUCUAGAGACUCUGAAGUUGGAUACCUUUUGUUGUUGUUGUUGUUGUUUGUUGUUCUUGUCUAAAAAAAAAAAUUGUACCAAGGAUUUCUUGGAAAUUAGAAGAGCAAUAUCCAAAUUGAAAGCAGGGCGUGGGGUGCACUUAAGGAAAGAGAAAGAGACAAGGGCUUUGGACAGUGACUGCACGUUGGGCGUCGGUACAAUCCACACAUCUCUGCAUUCUGAUAGAAGUCUGACUCGUUCGAUUUUAUUUUUUUAAUUUUGACGAAGAAUGUUGGAAUUUAUCUCCUUUUUUUUUAUUUGCCUUUUUUUUUUUUUGCAUGCAUUCCCAAGAGGUCGUGCCUAUGAUCCACUGAUAAAAAGAAAUACAUUAUUGUGGACUUUCUUCAUUCUUGAAUGAAACCAACCAACCAACCAAAAAUAUCCCUGUAGAGAUGAAAACUUUUUUUUUUUUUUUUUUUUUUUUUUUAGGGGGGAAUAAGCUGGGCUCAAGCUGUUAUAUACCCGGUUCCUAACUUUUUUAUUAUUAUUAUUUUUCCUCUGAGAAAAAAAUAAACAUUUUAUUUAUUUAUUGAUGACCCAUGUUAAAAUGCAAAUAGAUCCGGUGUCUAAAUGCAUUCCUAUUUUUAUGAUUGUUUUGUAAAUAUCAUUGUAUAUUAUUUUUCUGCAAUAAAUAAAUAUGAUUGAAAUUUUAAUAACCUUAAAGUUGGUCUGUCUGAGAACUCGAGGUUGGAACUGGAGAUAAAUACCUGCUUGUUGAGCUGUAAAGACACCCAAGAGAGAGGGGGCACUAGUACAAACAAACCAGGCGAAAAACGCAAAUAAACUCGCUACUGACAGACACAGGCACGUUAUUUAUUGAGACAGCUUU